GGGAAACCCCGGCCCCGCUCACUGGAAUUCCAGGCAGCGCUGCGGACCGAGAGCUCGCGAGUUUUGGCCGCCACCGCCGCAUCCCCUCGCGAGAGCACCGGGUCGCCAUUCGCCGUGACGUCACUGUGUAUUGUUGUGAGGGGGAACGGGAGCGUCCCAGAGCUGUCAGCUGAGCCGUGCCGCCGCCGAGCCAUUGUCUCCUCCGCUCAGUGCCCGUGGAUCCCCCCACGUCAUAAGAACCAUCAAUGAGAUGCCAACAUGAAAGACAAGAGGAAGAAGAAGGACCGCACCUGGGCCGAGGCUGCCCGCCUGUGAAGGGAGAUCCAGCUACUAGAAAAAACAAAAUCUUUGGAUGCCAAAAACAUGGCGUGAAAAGAGCUUUAUUACUGAAGAUAUCAGGCAGGGAGUGGUUUCUCCAGCACAGUGCAGCACGGCUUUAGAAAAACAUCCCAAUUCACCGAUGACCGCAAAGCAAAUUUUGGAAGUCAUCCAGAAAGAAGGGUUAAAAGAAACCAGUGGUACUUCUCCGUUGGCUUGUCUAAAUGCCAUGCUUCAUACUAACACUCGUGUGGGCGAUGGGACCUUCUUCAAAAUCCCAGGGAAAUCAGGACUUUAUGCUCUUAAAAAAGAAGAAUCUACUUGCCCGGCUGAUGGAACACUGGAUAUAGGUUGUGAGUCAGAAUUGGAUGGGACUGAAAUGGCAGAGGCAAGCAGCAAUGGGGAAGAAAAUGAAGUGUGCCUGAAGCAAGUGACUGAAGAGGCGUCUUCCAACCGAGUGCAGAGCAAGCUAGUGUCUUCCUUCCAGCAGCACACCAAAAAGGCACUAAAGCAGGCUUUGAGGCAGCAGCAGAAGAGAAGAAAUGGGGUCUCUAUGAUGGUAAACAAGACUGUCCCUCGUGUCGUCCUGACGCCUCUUAAGGUGUCUGAUGAGCAGUCGGAUUCACCUUCAGGAUCUGAGUCAAAAAACGGUGAAGCAGACAGUUCUGAUAAGGAGACCAAGCCAGGGCAAAAAUCACCCCCUGGCAAACAAAUAAGCCAGCACUUAAAGCGGCUGAAAAAAUCAGGUUUAGGGCAUUUGAAGUGGACCAAAGCAGAAGAUAUUGACAUAGAAACUCCAGGAUCAAUUUUAGUUAACACCAACCUGAGGGCUUUAAUAAACAAGCACACGUUUGCUUCUUUACCUCAGCACUUUCAGCAGUACCUCCUGCUGUUACUCCCUGAAGUAGAUAGGCAGAUGGGAAGUGAUGGGGCUUUACGUCUUAGUAACUCUGCUCUGAACAAUGAGUUCUUUGCAUAUGCAGCUCAAGGCUGGAAACAGCGAUUGUCAGAAGGAGAGUUCACUCCAGAAAUGCAAAUGCGCAUUAGACAAGAAAUUGAAAAGGAAAAGAAAACAGAAGUUUGGAAAGAAAGAUUUUUCGAAAGAUUUUAUGGGGAAAAGUCUGGAAUGUCUAAAGAAGAAUCUUUGCAAUUGACAUCUGGGCAAAACAACACUGAAGAUGAAAGCAACUCCCUAGAAACCUCUCUCAACUUACCAGGUCCAUCUACUGAGUUUGAGAACAGUACUGCCAGUACAGCAUCUAGUGAUGAAACACCAGUAAUGUUAGAAACUGAAGUUAUUGAAGAAACAGUGUGUAAUAUGGAGCAUAUUCCAUCUAAGGACAUCAUUGGAGAAACAGGACUGGGGGAGAUUUUGAUAUCCGAAGAGUCUGUAAUACAUGAGGAGAUUGCUGAAGAGGUUGAAACAACCAUCUGUGAAUGCCAAGAAAAUGACAGUAAAGCUGAGACUGAGAUAUCCGAAGAAGUGACAAAUCAGAAUACACAAGAUGAGGAGAAAGAGCUACCUGCCGAAAACGUGGAGUCAUGUGUUGUCAUGGAAGAUGAGAUGUUACCUGUUGCGGAUGAAAAAAUCGAAGAAGUAAAAUCUGACAGUAAUCCAGAAGGCAUGUUAGAAGUUUCAAAUGAGUCACAUGAAUGUAGGUCUCAAUCGCCUGUUACCUCUGAGACUUUACCUAUUGAAGAAGCUCAACCAGAGACAACACCAGUUGAAGAUGCAAAGAAAUCUGAGAUUGAUGCUCCCAAUGUUGCCACUGAACAACUGAGUACAGAAGAGGCAGCUCCUGUAGAAAUGGAACUUAUUAAUGAACCAGAUGGACAGUUCUCUGAAACUGCAUGCAUUUCUGAGACCUCAUUUUCUUCUCAAAGUCCAGAGGAAGCAUGUGUGAGUGUGACAUCACCAGGAGGUGACGUGCAGUCUGUUUCGGAGGAACCUUAUACACCUGCAUCUGUUGAAGCUGCUUUUCUAUCUGAAGUUUCAAGCUUUGAAAAUACUGAAACAGAAAGUCAACAAAAACCUUUAAAUGAAAGCCCACCAACCUCUGUUGUUUCAGAUGCUUCACCUCUUUCCAAUUCACCCAUCAUAUCAGAAGCCUCUCCUUCAUCUAACCAUCCACUAACACCUGAAGCUUCUCCAGCAUCAAAUUUACCAUUAACAUCAGAAGCAUCUCCAAUGUCAGAUGCACAUUUAAUAUCAGAAACCUCUUCAGUUUCUUCCUUAGCACUGACCUCUGAAACUGGACAUGCACCAAAUGCGCCUGCAAUUUCUGAUGCGUCUUCUGGGUAUAGUCCUGCUCCAAAUGAGGAUCUUUUGCUACAGCAAGAAAGUUCUCCAACCACAUCUGAUGAAUCCCAGUCACCUUCAAAGGAUGAGACUGAUGGUUACUCAGAGGCAUCCCAAGCAGAGACUGUUGGCACUGAACAUGAAAGCUCAGAAAACAUGAAGUAUAAUUCAGCAACUCCAAACUCUGAUACUUCACUAUCUGAAUACAAUCAGAAACAUUGUAAUUCUGAAAGAGACCAUAAAAAAACAAAUGUAGCAUCACCCCCAGACACCAUAACUAUUAAAAAUCAUUCAAGUCAUUAUCGUAUUGUUGAGAAAAAGUAUUUAUCUCCUUCAAGAGAAGGAUUUGAAGGAACAUAUUCUAGGAACAAUGAGUCUGUUCACUCAAAGUCACACGAUAAACUAUAUACAACCUCAUUAGAAGGGUCUGGAUAUUAUGAGUCUACCAGAAGUAAAUCUCACAAACAGGGAAGCUCCCAAAGUCGGUCUGACUCUUCUCAUUAUAAGUCCUACGACCAUAAUAAACAAUCUGAGACAGUUUGUCGAGAGCCUGAAAUUUCUAAACGAAAAACUGCAGAGCAACACGGUUUUGGAAGCUACAAGGAAAAGAGACCAAGAAUUGAUGAUGAUCACCAUAGUAGAGCAUCUUUAUUAUCAAGUCAGUCUGAAAGGGAACACCCGCCUAGAGAAGAGCCCCGUGUUCCACCUCUCAAGAUCCAGCUGUCAAAGAUUGGACCACCAUUUAUCAUCAAAAGUCAACCUGCUCCCAAGCUUGAAUCUAAAAUUUCUUCUAGUACAUCUAUUAGUGGGGGAAGAAACACUGGAGCUAGAACACUUGCCGAUAUUAAGGCGAGAGCCCAGCAAGCCAGAGCACAAAGAGAGGCAGCCGCUGCAGCAGCUGUGGCAGCUGCUGCAAGUAUAGUUUCUGGGGGUGUUGGGAGUCCUUCAGAAAGCAGUAAGACUAGAACGUUGACCCAUAUCAAAGAGCAAACAAAAGUAAAGUUGUUUGUUAAGCAUCAGACAAGAGUCAGCACCCAGCAAAUUAGUAGAGAUGGAAAAACAAAAGAGGGUCUUCCAGAAAUCGAAUUGCCAACUACUUCCGAUGCAAAAGUGGAAGGUUCAACUGGUGUUAUCAUUAUGAAUCCAAACUGCAAAUCUCCAAGCAGCAAGUCAACACUCCACCGGGAUUUGUCUUCUACAUUACAAAAAUCCCUCAGCUCUACUGCAUCAUCAGAAACUGAUUCUGAUGCAUCAGUGCACGGCUCUAAUGAAAAUAUUCAUGUGCCACAUUCCAGCGACAAAACUGUUACAUCUACCUCCACUGAAGAUUGCAGCGUGCCAAUGCAAUAUAAUAAAAAUAUAUGUUCAGUGUCUGUCUGCUUGAAAAACUCACUUGAAAAACCUGCUGUCCUAAUGUCUGUUGAGAGUGAAAACACUACAUCAUCUGUCUGUAACUAUAAUAUGCUAAACCCCAUUAAGGAAAGUGACAUUCCUUUUAUAGCUGUUACACCAAAAUGCACUGAUGACGCUAGUCAUGCCUCUGUUGUGAACUCCACUGCAUCUGACGCUGUUGAUGACAAACGAAUGCCAGUAACAACUAGUAAUGUUAAUCCUUACACCACUGUGCCAAUUUCAUCCAUUGGGAAUAGCCUGCCAAAUCCUCAUCUUUCUAAUUCAUUGGUCAAUUCACUAAAUGCCUCCUUUGGUCAAAACACCAGGCAUCCUGAUAAAUUAGUUGUACCCACUUGUGAUGGAGAUAGUUCUGUAGAUGCGAGUCCUUCUGUCCAAAGAAUGUCAAACCAUGAGGAAAGUGGGGGAGAUUCUCAUGGAAGGUCCUCUGUUCCACUCUACCCCAACACCAGAAGAUCAUCAAUGAGUACUGAUCCUUUACCUGCAAAAAUGCAUCUUGAUAAUAUAGAUAAAAACAUUGUCGGUAAUUUAAUAGGAUUACACAGUAAAACCUUGCCUUCUGCUUUAAUACAAACUAAUAGAUCUAUUCCAUGUAAAGUGAUUGUUGAUCACUGUACAACACCAAACUCCACUUUCCCUUUCAAUACUGAAAAUGCAGAAAAUGCUGAUUCUCUAAAUAGGCUUGGAAAAUCUGAGGCCUCUGUUCAGAAUAAAACAUGUCCUCAAGUAUCUGUAAUUAGUAGACAGGAAAAUCUCACCGAGAGCUCGGAGCACAUGUCCAACUCAAACAUUGUUAAUCGUUUAAACAGAGAUGAUAGAAACAAGAGUGCUCCUUGUGCCAGCCUUUUGGAAGCAACGUACAUGCAACAAGGAAAGCUAAAUGACUCCAUUUCUUGCCAACAAAAUUUUAAUGAGCAUCUACAUAGCACACCUUCUUUCAAGUGUGGAACAGAUAAUGUUCCGAAUUCUGAGUAUAUUUCUAAUAACCGAAUAUGUUGGAGUGAGAAAGAACAAAUGAACGCCGACAAAACCGCUAUUAACCAUUUGAGUGCACCUAAGCACAUAGAGUAUUCUGAGGAAAAUAUUGUAGAUAAUAUUAAGCAUGAACCUGGGAGUUACCCACACGUAACAAAAAUGAACGCUCGAAGCCCGGUGGCAAACUCCAUCCCGAUCAAAUCAGAACUAAAUGAUUCUAGCAAGUGUUUUGGGAUGGAAUCCGAAGGAUUUUUGGGCCAGAACUCUAUGCAGCAAGGAUGUGACUUAGAUAUUAGCUUGCAUACAUCCAAAACACCACUCAGUGUUGCCAGAGAAGAACCCUUGUCAUUAACUAUGGACACUUUGAAAAGGGUUACAAAUGCAGGGAAUGCAAGCUGUCGGCUUUCUUCUGUUGAAGCAAACAAUCCCUUAGUUACACAGCUGCUUCAAGGCAACUUGCCUUUAGAAAAAGUUCUGCCUCAACCUAGACUAGGUGCAAAGUUGGAAAUUAGUCGGCUUCCAUUGCAGGCUACAUCUGUGUAUAAGACUACAUCAGAGAGAAUCGUGCCUGAAAACCCCUCAUGCUCCCCUACCACUGAUGGCAAAGUCUAUCCACUGGGAAGUAUGAACUCUUUGCAAGUGAGAAAACGAGAAAACCAUCCUAAGAAAAGGAUGGCUAGGACUAUGGGUGAGCAUGCCCAGGUCAAAUGCGAGUCUGGAAAGCUUUCAAUGGACACGGAUACAAACCUUUCUUCUUGCAUGAUGGGUUCUAAUAUGAAUCCAAUGGGUCAAGGGCAAACAUUUAAGCAGGAAUGGAUGAACAAGCAUGCGGUUCAAGGCAGGAUAACACACAGCCCAGAAAUUAAGCAGCAGAAAAGGCCACUGCCUUCUUGUAGCUUCCAACAAAAUGUAUUUAAUGUUGAUAAAAAUGGCGGUUAUCACCCAGAAGCUAGUACCUCACACAGGCAGCACUACUACCAAAUGUCUAUGGCUCAGAGAGGUCAAGGCUCGACAGUCUAUAUGCCACCAGCUGCAGCAAAAGCCCAAACAGCUAACAAUGCUUUUGCUUUCAGUAGGCACCCAGAGCAGAAGGUGUUGAGUGAGAAAAAUGUUCCAACUCUUCCUCAUCGAAUGGGCAAUGCUUACUCUCCAAAUGUUCAUAUUAAAGAAGGCGAUGACCUAAGCAAUGCCCAACAGACUAUACAACAUAAAUUUUUAGUGCAUCCUUCCUUAUCUACUGCAGAAGUCCCUUCUGAUCAAAAGCAGCCAGCAGUUACUAUGGAAACCACUAAAAGACUUAGUUGGCCUCAGCCUACGAGCAUCUGUAGCAAUAUAAAGUCUGAGCCCAUCUCUUUUGAGGACGGUUUAAACAACAGCUGUGAACUGACCAUGAAACAAUCUUCCUAUGAGCAGAGUGAAGUCAAAGAACAGUUAAAAGCGUUCGCCUUGAAAAAUGCAGAUUUUUCUUCCUAUUUACUUUCUGAGCCACAAAAGCCUUUUACUCCGCUAGCUGCACAGAAAACACAAACACAGCAGCUGCCACCACAACAGCAGCAACCGCAACAGUGUGGAAGCUAUUCAGCAAUUCAUUUUGGUAGCACAAGCUUCAAAAGAGCAGCAUCUGCUAUUGAAAAAUCUAUUGGAAUUUUAGGGAGUAAUUCUAAGCCUGCAUCCGGACUCAGCAGCCAGAACGCUCCAAUCCCUGCACAGAAAUACGCUGACAGCAGCAGUGCAGAUGAACUAGAACUGAAGUGUUCUUGCAGGCUGAAAGCCAUGAUUGUGUGCAAAGGCUGCGGAGCCUUUUGUCAUGAUGACUGCAUAGGUCCUUCAAAAUUGUGUGUAGCGUGUUUAGUUGUUCGAUAGAGACUGAAUCACAGAUGGAGUGUCCCUUUAUAGCCUACAUGUCUUCAUCAGGAGCAGGAACAUUUCGUCAUUUUACAUGCUUUUCUCUUUUUUUAAUGAAAAUAUUACAUUGUCAGUGUUACAUUUCAUGCUACAACUCUGUAGAUGAGACAUAUUUCUGCUAAAGCAAUUGAUCUGAAUCUCUUAUCACCCUUUAAUUUAUUUAGAACUGUUUUACUGAGGUGAAGCUUUUGCCCUUCUUCUCACUACAAAGCACCUGAUCUUUUUCUGUAAAAUGGAGAUUGUUUUUGUUUGUAGUAGGUCCCCUAUGAUCAUGCUACCAAGCUGACAGAGAGAGUCUAUGUGGUACUUAUCUAUUUGCCCCCCCCCCCCCAAUAAGGCAAUAUAGGGUAAGAUGAUAAUGAAGCCAGCUGUCCUAUCUACUUCACAGUCAGAGUUUGCUCAGUUCGGAUGGAGGAUUAUCAGCUCAAUACUUUAGACUAUCACUUGUUGAGCAAAUAAGCACUACCUAAUUUUCAGCUGAACUGCUUUAAUACUAAGGGUAAUUUUAGUCACUUGGCAAAGCUGCCAUAGAGAUCAUCAUUGAACAGAGUAAGGACAAUAGACAAUGAAGUUGUAAAAAAGUUGCCAUUAACAAAAUCGUUAAAUUGGUUACAAUUUUAAGGAAUGCAAUGGUACUAAACCAUUAUGGACCAAGUGAUAGCCCCAUUUAGCUUUGUGAUGUUCAUUGUGUAAUGUCAGGGGCACUAGUUUGCAUUAUUAUUUAUUUAUUUGGUUUUUUAAUUGCAGUUUGUCACACUCCUAAAAACAGCUACAAUACACCAUAUUGUAGAUGGCUCCCAUUUCUUAGAUUAGCUGGAGAACUUGCAGGCAUGUGGAACAUACUGGAGGAUGAGCAUGAGAACAUAUUUGGCUUCCUUUUCUUUCUUAGUAUUCAGAUAUAUCAUUUGCAGAUUUUAAAAGCAGUGCAUAUUAGUUGAAUUCCUCCAAACCCCUAUCAUUGUCUGUUGUGCAGAGCUCUAAUGUUCCAUUUAUUUUCCUGUAUGUGAACAGUAGUGGCAUGUACUAUUACUUUGGUGUGAUUGACAGUUUUUUUUUAUUUUUAUGCCAGAUUGAUAAUAGGAACACAAACAAAAAAGUAUAUAAGUAAAUAAAUAAAAAGUGUACAUCCUAAUGUGAUACUUAGUGUGCCUGUCAUUAUAAAGGAACUUGUGACAGGUCGCAAGGACAUGCAAAAUGUUUUGAUCAGUGUUCGGACCACUGAUUUCUAGAUAGUAUAGAGCAAUCUCUGUCUUGCUGACUGAGACAACUCGAAUUAUAAAUCUAUGGGACUCGUCUUGUGCAGCAAGGCAGAGAUCGCAGGGAGCUUGGAAGUGAAGCACUCAGCCGCCUGCUUCUCCCAGCAAAAAAGAACGGUUGAGGUCUGAACACCGGAUCCCAGAUCAAGCAAAACUUUUGACAUGUCA